UGCAUUGCCAAAGAGAGAUUCAAGAAGACAUAUAGACAUCCCGAUCUCGAUCGCCAGCUGACAAACAAACGGGUUGUUCAGGAAGCGCGUAGCUUGUACAAGUGCAAAAAAGCUGGAAUGGAUACACCUACACUGUAUUUUGUGGAUAUGAAUACUGCCACAAUAUUUAUGGAGAAGAUUUCUGGUAUUACUGUCAAGCAGCGCCUGUUAGAUUACCAGGCCACACAGUACAGUGGAGUUGAUUUUGCGAGUUUAUCAAAGUACAUUGGUGAAUCUCUAGCCAAGAUGCACAGUCUUGAUGUGAUUCAUGGAGAUCUCACCACAUCGAAUUUGAUGAUACGCGAGACUAUUGAAUCUGUUGUUAUUAUUGAUUUUGGAUUGAGUUAUAUCUCAAAUCUUGCCGAAGAUAAGGCUGUAGAUCUGUAUGUUCUUGAGCGUGCGUUUGCAAGCACUCAUCCAAACACAGAAGAAUUGUUUGAAAGUAUUUUGUCCCAUUAUCUCAAUGCGUACAAGAACUCAAAAGCAGUCAUGAACAAACUUGAAGAUGUGAGACUGAGAGGUCGUAAAAGAAGCAUGCUCGGGUAA